GCCCUGUCGCUCGGUCCCAGGGAGUGGGGGCCGUUUCUGGGUGGUCUCGGCUGGCCAGGACGAUCUGGGGGCUGCCAGAGGCUGACGGGGGAGCCCCAGGCCUCAGCAGAAGAGGGUGGGGCCCGGAUAGUUUCUGUUUCUUAGGUUGGCAGCUCCGUGGGGCCCUCCUGCUUGGAGAUUCCGAGAACGUGGUGUGUGGAGGGCAGGCAGGGCCAGCUCAGGUGCCAGAACAUUGCAUAAAAGGCUGGGGCGGGUGGGGAGGGAGAAGGCCAAGCCGGGUGUGCAGCUGAGCCAAGCAGGCGCACAGAGUGAACCUGGAGAAACGUUCCCGACCCUGGCCCCGGCGUCUCUCCUGCCUUCCGUGGCCAUGGGGCGCAGCCUCAGCCGCUGGCUCUGCCUGGUGCCCUUGGUCUUGGGGUUCUGGCCUGGAGGUGUGAGCACAGCCCCACCGCCCGAGGCUCUGCCCCAGAGCCCCUGCUCCCUGGAGGGUGUAGAGAUCAAAGGCGGCUCCUUCCGACUUCUCAGAGAGGGCCAGGCCCUGGAGUACACGUGUCCCUCGGGGUUCUACCCCUACCCUGUGCAGACUCGAGCCUGCAGGCCCUCAGGAUCCUGGAGUGCCCUGAAGACUCAAGACCAGAAGGUCGUCAGGAAGGCGGAGUGCAGAGCAAUCCGCUGCCCAAGACCCCAGGAGUUUGAGAAUGGGGACUACUGGCCCCGGUCUGCCUACUACAAUGUGAGUGACCAGAUCUCUUUCCGCUGCUACCAUGGGUACACUCUCCGGGGCUCUGCCAACCGCACCUGCCAAGGCAACGGCCGGUGGGACGGGCAGACGGCCAUCUGUGAUGACGGAGCGGCGUACUGCCCCAACCCUGGCACCCCCAUCGGCACCAGGAAGGUGGGCAGCCAGUACCGCCUCGAAGACACCGUCACCUACUACUGCAGCAGGGGGCUCACGCUGCGCGGCUCCGAGCAGCGAAGAUGCCAGGAAGGCGGCUCUUGGAGCGGCACGGAGCCGUCCUGCCAAGACUCCUUCAUGUACGACAGCCCUCAGGAGGUGGCUGAAGCCUUCCUGUCUUCCCUGACAGAGACCAUAGAAGGGGUGGACGCCGAGGAUGGGCACAGCCCAGGGGAGCAACAGAAGCGGAAGAUCGUCCUGGACCCCUCCGGCUCCAUGAACAUCUACCUGGUACUGGAUGGGUCGGACAGCAUCGGCGCCAGCAACUUCACAGGGGCCAAGCGGUGCCUGGCCAACCUGAUCGAGAAGGUGGCGAGUUACGGAGUGAGACCAAGGUACGGCCUGGUGACGUAUGCCACAGAGCCCAAAGUCUUGGUCCGCGUGUCACAAGACAAGAGCAGCGACGCAGCCUGGGUCACAGAGCAGCUCAGUCGAGUCAGCUAUGAAGACCACAAGUUGAAGACCGGCACGAACACCAAGAGGGCCCUGCAGGCGGUGUACAGCAUGAUGGCCUGGGAAGGGGACACGCCCCCCGAGGGCUGGAACCGCACCCGCCACGUCAUCAUCAUCAUGACAGACGGCCUGUACAACAUGGGCGGGGACCCAGUCACCGUCAUCCACGACAUCCGGGACUUGCUGGACAUUGGCAGGGACCGCAAGAACCUGCGGGAGGAUUAUCUGGACGUGUACGUGUUUGGGGUUGGGCCCCUGGUGGACCACGUGAACAUCAAUGCUCUGGCCUCCAAGAAGGACAAUGAGAAACAUGUGUUCAAAGUCAAGGACAUGGAAAACCUGGAGGAUGUUUUCUUCCAAAUGAUCGACGAGAGCCAGUCCCUGGGGCUCUGCGGCAUGGUCUGGGCGCACAGCAAGGGGACGGACUACCACAGGCAGCCAUGGCAGGCCAAGAUCUCUGUCACCAGGCCACAGAAGGGACACGAGAACUGCAUGGGCGCAGUGGUGUCCGAAUACUUCGUGCUCACAGCGGCUCACUGCUUCACCGUGGAGGACCAGAGGCACUCCAUCAAGGUCAACGUGGGAGAGAAGAGGCAGGACCUGGAGGUAGAAGAAGUCCUGUUUCACCCCAAGUACAACAUCAAUGGGAAAAAGGAACAGGGGAUCCUCGAGUUCUACGACUACGACGUGGCUCUGGUCAGGCUCAAGCGGAAGCUGAAGUUCAGCCAGACGCUCAGGCCCAUCUGUCUCCCCUGCACCGAGGGAACGACCCGAGCUCUGCGGCUCUCUCAGACAGCCACCUGCCAGGAGCACAAGGAACAGCUGCUCCCCGCAAAGGAUGUCGAAGCCCUGUUUGUCUCCGAGGAGCAGAAGAGGCUGACCCGGAAGGAGGUCUACAUCAAGAACGGAGAGAAGAAAGCCAGCUGCGAGAGAGACGCACAGCACGCCGCAGGCUACGACAAAGUCAAGGACAUCUAUGAGGUGGUCACCCCCAGGUUCCUGUGCACGGGCGGAGUGGACCCCUAUGCGGACCCCAACACCUGCAAAGGGGACUCUGGCGGCCCACUGAUCAUCCACAAGAGGAGCCGCUUCAUCCAAGUUGGCGUGAUCAGCUGGGGAGUAGUGGAUGUCUGCUAUGACCAGAAGCGGCAACAGCAGGUACCCCCUUACGCCCGGGACUUUCACAUCAAUCUCUUUCAAGUGCUGCCCUGGCUCAAGGAGAAGCUCAGAGAUGAGGACCUGGGUUUCCUAUAAGAUGUUUCCUGCCAGAAAGGGGUUCGGGAUGGAAUUAAAACAGCUGCGAUGAUUACUGUGCUCCAAGAUCUUUUGGGGUGGGAGUGGGGUGCGCACUGGCCAUGUUAUCCCCAGCGGGGCAGCUCUGACAGCCAUUUUUAAAGGCUCAACCCAGACCCCAAGUGCUGAAAAACCAGA